AUGAUGGAUUCUUCUUCACCAUCAAUAAAAAUCAUCUCAAAAUGCUUCGUCAAACCCAAAACCAUCCCAGAAGAAUCAAAGAAACCCUACUAUUUAUCCCCAUGGGACUAUGCAAUGCUUUCUGUUCACUACAUCCAAAAAGGUCUCCUCUUUCACAAGCCUAUCCACUCCAUUGACACUUUGCUCCAGAAGCUGAGAGAUUCUCUCGCCAUCACGCUCGUUCAUUUCUACCCUCUUGCCGGCCGCCUCUCGACGCUAGCAACGGAAAACCCCAAAUCAUACUCUGUUUUUGUGGAUUGUAACAAUAGUACUGGUGCUGGAUUCAUCUACGCGACCUUGGAUCUAUCUAUAGAAGACAUUGUUGGCCCCAAGUAUGUUCCUUUGAUUGUUCACUCUUUGUUUGACCAUCAUAGAGCUGUGAAUCAUGAUGGAGUCACCAAGAGCCUCUUAUCAGUCCAGGUAACAGAAUUGGUAGAUGGAAUUUUCAUAGGACUUUCGAUGAACCACGCGAUGGGAGACGGUACUUCGUUCUGGAAGUUUUUUAAGUCUUGGUCCGAGAUAUUUCAAGCAGAGGAGAGUAACAAAAACGGUGACUUGUGUCUCAAGAAUCCACCAGUCUUACAACGUUAUAUCCCUCAAGGAUACGGUCCACUCUUCCGCCUUUCCUAUAGCCAUCCUGAUGAGUUUAUCAGACCCUACGAUUCUCCGAUUCUCAAGGAGAGGAUCUUCUGUUUCUCAUCAGAAACAAUAAGAACGCUUAAGGCAAAGAUUAACAAAGUAUGCGGAACAACCUCCAUCUCAUCUUUCCAAUCCCUCACCGCGGUUAUAUGGAGAUGCAUAACUAGGGCAAGAAACUUACCCCUCGAACAAGAAACAAGUUGUAGACUUUCUGCUGACUAUAGAGCUAGGAUGUAUCCACCGCUUCCCAAGGAUUACUUGGGGAAUUGUGUCUCUGCUGUGAGAACGGCUGCAAAAGCCGGUGAGCUGAUGGAGAAUGAUAUUGGAUGGGCGGCUUUGAAAGUGCAUCAAGUCGUAGCUGAACUAACUAGUGAAAAGGUAUCUCAACUGAUUGAUCAGUGGUUGAAGUCUCCUUUCAUUUACCAUAUUGAUCGGCUUUUCGAACCGAUGAGUGUUAUGAUGGGAAGUUCGCCGAGGUUCGACAAGUAUGGCUGUGAGUUUGGGAUGGGAAAAGCAUUGACGCUUAGAAGUGGUUACGCGCACAAGUUUGAUGGGAAGGUCACGGCUUACCCAGGAAGAGAAGGUGGGGGAAGCAUAGAUUUGGAGGUGUGUCUUGUUCCAGAGUUUAUGGAAGCUUUAGAAUCAGAUGAAGAGUUCAUGGCUCUUGUUUCUUCUUGA